GUGAAAAAAAGGCAAAAGUUUUCCAGCUCCCGAAAAACCAACGCGAAGGACGAAAUUUUGUCCGUUUUCUGCGGUCGCGUGGCCGUUUGUAGUGCACCGCGGAGUAGUAGCAGUAGGCAGCAGCAGCAACAACGCAAUCAAGGCGACCGAAACGAGCCGUGCCGAGAGUGUACUACCCCAGCAGUAGCAGCAGCGACAACCGCAAACAACACACUGCAAAAUGGCGGAGCAAGGAGGUGCUGGAAAGAAAAUCACCAUCACGGUGAAAACACCCAAAGAAAAGAAGACGAUCGAAAUAGCGGAGGAUGCCGAAAUCAAGGAUGUGAAGGCGAUCGUGGCCGAGAAGUUUGCGACGAGCCCGGAGCUGGUGUGUCUGAUCUUUGCCGGAAAAAUCAUGAAGGAUAACGAUACGCUCAAGACACACAACAUCAAGGACGGGCUGUCGGUGUAUCUGGUGAUCAAGACGGCGUCCCGUCCGGAAUCCGAUGGUCCGAGUAGGCCACCAGCGGACGUCAGUGCGACACCGUUCGGGCUGAACCAGCUCGGUGGGCUGAGCGGCCUCGAGGCGCUCGGUGCCACGCAGACCAACUUCAUGGAUUUACAGUCGCGCAUGCAGCACGAACUGCUCGGAAAUCCGGACCUGAUGCGUACCGUGUUGGACAACCCGCUCGUGCAGCAGAUGAUGAACAAUCCGGACACGAUGCGCCAGAUACUGACCUCGAACCCGCAGAUGCAGGACCUGAUGCAGCGCAAUCCGGAGAUCUCGCAUGUGCUGAACAAUCCGGAGCUACUGCGCCAGACGAUGGAGCUAGCCCGCAACCCAUCGAUGCUGCAGGAGCUGAUGCGCUCGCAUGAUCGUGCCAUUUCUAAUCUCGAGAGCGUCCCCGGUGGCUACAGUGCGCUGCAGCGCAUCUAUCGUGACAUCCAGGAGCCAAUGAUGAACGCAACGCUGCGUAAUCCGUACUCGGGAACGUCUGGAUCGACCGGUGCUGGUAGCGGUACCGCUGCCGGCAACCCACAGCAGGGCACCGAAAAUCGUAGCCCUCUACCCAAUCCCUGGGGUGGUGGCGGUGGUGGUAGCGGUGCAUCGACGGGUGGCACCGGUGCAGCCGGUGCUGGCACUGGAACGGAUGCGGCCGGUACACCGCUCGGGCUGCUCAACACACCGAGCAUGCAGAGUUUGCUGCAGCAGAUGAGCGAAAAUUCGUCCCUGAUGUCGAAUAUGCUCAACUCACCGGCCACUCGCAGUGUGAUGGAAGCGAUGGCGGCCGAUCCGAGCUUGGCGACGAACCUCAUCUCGCAGGAUCCACUGGUGGCCAACAAUCCGGCCCUGCAGGAGCACAUGCGCACGAUGAUGCCACAGCUGCUGCGGCAGAUGCAGAGUCCCGAGGUGCAGCAGAUGAUGACCAACCCGCAGGCCCUGAACGCGAUUCUUCAGAUUCAGCAAGGCAUGGAGCAACUGCGCUCUGCUGCCCCAGGACUGAUGAGCACGAUGGGCAUACCACCGAUGCCGGGCGCAACUACGGGUACGGCACCUUCGACGACAAGCACCACCACCACCAGCAGCAGCAACAAUACGAGCACCGGUGGAGCGGUGCCCGGUGCCGGUGCCGGUGCGCAACCGAACGAAGCCCUGUUCUCCGAGUUUAUGUCCCGCAUGCUCAACGGCAUGUCGUCCGGUACCAAUGAUACCAACAUUCCACCGGAGGAACGCUACCGGGCACAGCUCGAGCAGCUGACUUCGAUGGGCUUCGUCAACCGGGAAGCGAACCUGCAGGCCCUGAUUGCCUCGUUCGGGGAUAUCAAUGCGGCGGUCGAGCGAUUGCUCGCCCUGGGCCAGCUCUCGCUGAGCUAACAACGUGCACCACGACGUCGUAACUACUGAGAGAGAGAGAGAGGAGCUCGCCCGUCGUCUGUUCCAAUUGAAUUUUUAAAAGGUUGGGUUUAAUUUGCUCUGUCCAGCAGGACACACUCGGGUCAUAGUGAUUGGAGAUGGAUGUGGUUGCUGGAUUGUGGACAGUGGGGAAUGGUGCUUGAGAUAAACGAAAGGACGUACAUUAGAAACGGAACUGCCCCGUACUAUCGCGAUGUUUUCGUGUUUUAGUUUUGCUCUCAUUGUACUAGCGGCAGUGCGUGCGUGCGAUCGGAUGGAAAGGUCAUGCAACUGAACAGCGGCGUGUAGUCAGUGCAGGCGGAACACAUGUGCAUGUGAGAGCGGUGUGUGAGGUUCAAGGGAAAUGGAUGUGCUGCGGUCGUGCAGAAGGGGGGGGGGGGACUAUUUACUAGGUGAAGAGAAGAACGUUUCAAUGGGAGCUUUUCUUUUUGUGGGGAGGGAGAACGGAGAUCGGUAUGACCCAUACUGACGGAAUACAUUUCUUGACCUUUCGCGUAAUCAACGGAACACAAACACACAUUCAAACACACCCAUGCAGAGUCACACGACAAUAGGGCUUGAAUCCACACUAUCGGCGUCCGCAGCAAGCAAUAGUGCAACAGUGGUCGAAGUGGUAAAACCUUAGAAGAAAAUGAAACAAUAUCGGUAGUUGGCAACAUACAUACAUAGUCUACACACAGUUAGUUGGAACUAGUUACAACCAGCGGCUGGGGGGACACUGUAUACCCACGGAGGUUUACGGCUAUCUACGGUUGUACGGAAGGCUCUUAGCGCUGAUCUGAUUUUAGGCGAAGGGGAACUGCUGCUGUUUGCCGCUGGUACUUGCAAUACGCCAAGUAGUAGAGGAGUCAGAGCUGGCAACGGACAGAUUCUAGUAAUACACAGCGAUACACACCAGACAGACAGACACAACACGCAACGAUACACUCUCGCCUCUUUCUCUUCUAUUCAUUUCCAAUGGAGUGCGGAGUGUGCCGCGCCGGAACCUAACAGCCAUUUUAAGGACAUCAGCAAAAGGCUAAGGCAUCCAGAUAAAAAAAAAGCAAACACAUGCGCAUAUAUAUAUAUAAUGAUAUAUUCAAUAAAAUGUUAAAUCAACUGGAAA